AUGGACGAAGACUUAUAUGAUGAAUUCGGAAAUCCAAUCAAUGCAGGGUCUGAGUCAGGAGAACCAGAAGAAAGUCCUCCACAAGAUGAAGAAGUUGAAAAUAAUGAAGAAGGUCAAGGAAUCAUUGCAAGCGAUAACAUCAUGAUUGAGCCUACAGGCCAAGAAAUUGUGCUUCACGAAGACAAGAGAUAUUAUUUAGAUCUUGACCAGGUCUAUCCUGAGGCAGAAGCUCUUAUUAUGGAAGAAGACGCCCAGCCUAUUACUCAGCCUAUUAUCCAGCCUGUCAUUCAAAAGAACUUCGAGUUUACCUUUAAAGAAGUUCCUUUUACCACUAGCCCUAUAGAGUUUUUGGUAUCUUUAUCUCAUUGUCCUGAUUCAAUCCGAAACAUCGCAUUUAUUGGGCAUCUUCACCAUGGGAAAACGACUUUUAUUGACUUAUUAGUUGAAGACACUCAUCCUCAGAUUGUAAGUGAUCCUAAUGACCCAUUAAAAUACAUGGAUACAAGAAAUGAUGAAAGGAAAAGAGAAAUUUCAAUAAAAGCGAAGCCUUUGACAGUUGUUUUAGAGACUAGCAGAGAAAAAAGCUAUUUAUUCAAUAUUAUUGAUACACCUGGACAUCCUAAUUUCAGUGAUGAAGUGACUGCUGGUUUAAGAUUGGCUGAUGGGGUCAUAUUAAUUGUUGAUGUCAUUGAAGGCGUAAUGAUAUAUUAUUGCCUAUUAAAUUCAUAAUAUUCUUAAGUAUCUAUAAUCAGUUUUGUAUUUUUGAAAUAAAUUAAUAAAUUGAUAAUAUAAAGGUAUAAACACAAAACAACUUUUAAUCCAUGCUUUAGAAAAUGAACUAAAAGUAAUAGUGGUCAUCAAUAAGUUUGAUAGACUGCCAUUAGAGCUAAAGAUUCCUCCAGGUGACGUAUAUUUCAAAGUAAAACACACUUUAGAUGAAAUAAACUCAAUAAUCUCAGCACAUGCACCGUGGCAUCCAAAAGUAUCUCCUAUUAAUGAAAAUGUGAUUUUUGCGAGUGGGCUGUAUGGGAUGGCUUUUACAUUAAGCUCUAUGGCGAAAGUAUAUACAAAUAUUUAUGGACCAAAUUUUGAUUCUGAAGAAUUUGCUAAAAGAUUGUGGGGUGAUCUUUAUUAUAAUAAAGAGACUAGAAGUUUUGCAAGGAAGCCGCCAAUAGGAAAGUCAAAUUCAGAUAGAAGCUUUAUUGAAUUCAUUGUAGAACCAAUUUAUAAGUUAUUAGGGUAUGCUGUUAGUGAGAAAGAGAUAAUUAGGGGUUAAUGGAUUAUUUCAGCCCCUAGUCAGCCGAGCUUCAUGUGGCGCUAUACACUAAAGCCGCCAACACCCUUUUUCUUCAGGGUCACCAAAAAUAGUUAUGUCGUCAAUCUGACAGGAUACUCAUCCGGACCUGCUUGAAUCAAAAUUUUCAGUAACGGACUCUCUUGAGCCUGGUAGCGUUCAGGAUAUGAAGAAAUCGUCCGAUGCUUUCUUCUGGAACUAGUCUGGCAUUUAUAGGCAGUAGAAUACUCCUCCAGAAGUGCUCGAUUGAUACUGCACUGUAGACAGAGGGAAGCCCCAGUCAGCCCAACCCAGCACACCACCCCAUAGAGUUCCUCUACUACGAUUCCGUGGCCCUCCAUAUGCCAGCACACUCACUAGCCCUUAAAGUUCCGGCUUUUAUCCUACAGCUACUCCAUGAUGGAGAAAUUUUCACACUGUUAGUGAAGAAAAAGAGCAACUGGAAAAAUUUUUAAGUUCAGUUGGACUUUUUAUGAAGAAAAAGCAUUAUAACGAUGACCCCCCUUCAAUAUUCAUGUCUAUUGCAACAAAAACGCAAUUUUUAAUAUAAAAAUUUUAUAUAAAAAAAUAAUAAUUUUCAUGUCUCUUGCAACAAAUUAUAUACAUUAAAAUGGUGACACGUGCCAACCUGCCCUCUUGGCGCAGCAGUCCAGACCUUAUGGCUACGGCGAACUGGGACGGACUCCGAGCCGAGAAUCAGACGCAGGCUCAAGAAGUGUGUAUUCGGGUAGGUUUUGGCUGCUUUCCUGUGGUUGGAAAUGGAGGUGCUCAAGCAACAUCCUUUGGAUCCGAGGACCCAUGGGCAUUCCUCUACUGAGAAACUGGGGUUUCGGCCAGGCCACAGGGGAAAAGUCUUUUUCCUGUAGUUGUCGAAGGAAGGCACUUUGACAUCCGAUAGACUCCAAGGAGCUGAUCCUUGGAAUCAAGCUACUUCAAUCGCCCGCAGCAGGGACGCAGAAAUCCACAAGCCGCCACUCAAGACUGAACCCGCAAGGCAAGGAGGAGACAGAAUGUACCGGAAGGGAACUCGUAAGAGGGAUAGAUUCUCUGGGCUGGAAUCGAAAAGCUGUAGAACCUUCUGUACGGAAGGUCUUUGGUGACUGCGUCACCAAUAUGGCUAGCGCCUGUCUGUAAUAAUCCUAAUCCUCUUGCAACAAAUUUUCGAUGCACAUCUUAAAUAUUUCCGUACGCUUUAGCUAGAUAAGUUUAAUAAAAUGGCGAGCGAUGACAAUAGCCGUCCAAAUCUCGAUGAGAAGGUCAUUGACAAGCCUACAGCAGCGCUGUUUUAUGGGUUUUUUGAGAAACUCACCUAGAGAAAAAUGCAUUAAUUUUUUUUUUAUAAAAAUGUUGUGUUGCAGUAGGCAUGAAGAUUUUUUCGAAAAAAUUUUUGUUGCAGUAGACAUGAAGAUUGAGGGGGGGGUCAUCGUUACAUACGACUCUAAAACUUUAUUAAAAAUUGUACUGCGAACUUUCUUCAAAAAACCAAGCUGUCUAGUAGAUCUUGCCGUAAAAAAUUUUCCUGCUCCUUCUAAAUCUAAGAAAUUUGAACAAAACUACAAAGGACCUUUGGCUGGAGAAAUUAUUGAAGAGAUAAUUAAAGGAAAAGACACCGGGCCUUUAGUUGUUGACAUUGUCAAGCAGUAUCAUGACUCUGAAUGCAAAUUUUUUUAUAUAUUUGGCAGAGUUCUUAGCGGAACAUUAAGGCCUGGGGAAUUAGUAAAUGUUUUAGGUCAAAAAUAUUCAAUUCAAAACCCUGAAGACAAAUUCCAAGCAGAAAUUGAUAAAAUUUAUUAUUUUAAUUCUAGGUAUAAGCUGCAAGUUCAAGAAAUCCCUGCAGGCUGCUGGGCUUUAAUAGAAAGUUCACAAAUUGAUAUUCCCAAAACCUGCACAAUAACUAGCCCUGAUCUUUCAGAAAAUAUAGAAAUUCUUAAGCCUUACAGAUUCAGCACAUCAAGCAUAGUUAAAAUUGCAAUGGAGCCAUAUAACCCUUCAGAUUUGCCUAAAAUGCUUCAAGGUCUCAAUUUUUGUUCUAAGAGUUACCCAUUGCUUGAUUUUAAAGUGCAAGAAACUGGAGAACACGUCAUAGCUGGCACUGGAGAGCUUUAUCUUGAUUCAGUGUUGCAUGAUGUGCGUGAGCUGUAUACUGAUAUAGAAAUAAAACUUUCAGAUCCUUAUGUCUCAUUUAAUGAAACUGUCAUAGACUCUUCAUCUUUUAAAUGCUUCGCUGAGACUCCUAAUGGUAAAAAUCGCUUUUCUAUGAUUGCUGAGCCAUUAGAAGCUGUAAUAGGUUCUGCAAUAGAAAAGCAUAAAAUCCAUAUAAAUUGGCCUCCAGAGAAGCUUUCGAGCCAUUUUGAAGAAAAUUAUAAUUGAGAUGUUUUGGCUUCUUCAUCAAUAUGGGCAUUUGGUCCAGAUUCAUAUGGCUCUAAUAUUCUCAUAAAUGAUAUAUUGCCAUAUGAGAGAGACGAUGAUUUAUUAGCAAGCAUUAAAAAUCCAGUUGUUCAAGGAUUUCAAUGGGCUUGCAGAGAAGGGCCACUAUGUGAAGAGCCAAUACGUUUGACAAAGUUUAAGAUUUUAGAAGCUGCUAUGGCAGCUGAACCAAUUUAUAGAGCAAGUGGCCAAAUAAUACCUACAGUAAGAAGGGUCUGCUAUUCAUCAUUUUUGUUAUCAAGUCCUAGACUAAUGGAGCCUUAUUAUUUAGUAGAAAUUCAAUGUACUCAAGACUGCAUCCCAGCUGUUCAUUUAGUUAUGACAAAGAGAAGAGGACACAUUGAUAUGGAAGAACCUAAGCCAGGCUCUCCACAUUAUACACUUCUAGGGACCUUACCUGUUAUAGAUUCCUUUGGGUUUGAAACUGAUUUAAGAACCUACACAAGCGGUAUGGCAUUUUGUGUAUCAAUUUUCGACCACUGGGAAGUCGUUAUUUCUGACCCAUUAGAUCGAAAUAUAAAGAUCAAGCCACUAGAGCCUUGCCCAGUUCCCCAUCUAGCCAGAGAGUUUAUGCUAAAAACUAGACGAAGAAAAGGCUUGACAGACGACAUCACAAUUACAAAAUUUUUUGAUCAUCCAUUAUUAAGAGAUAUGGCCAAAGAAGACCAAGAUCUUGCACCAUAUUUUUAA